AUGUCGUCCUCUGCGAAUAUUACUGAUACUCCCGAUACCAAUGAGACCGCUGGAAUCCCCGGCAUGAUUUUUGCUGGCAUGCAAGAAAUUCUUGACAAGUUCCAUCUUCCAUUCAAUCUCAAUAACACACUUUUGACAACCUGCCUCAGGGGUUAUGUGGGCCAGAAUAUUGAUGAAUUUGAACAAGCCUUGGAGCUUGUCUGGCGGGGCCAUCGGGCAGCCUCCCCCCUCCCCCGCCCAGCAACUUUCUGCGAGUGGUUUAACGCCAAGAUCCGCUUCUGGGUCCCUAAGCCGUUGGCUGCCGCUGGUGGUGGUGGUGGUGGUGCUGCUGCUGCUGGUACUGAGGCUGGUGGUAGUGACAGCAGCGAGGAAUGAGUAAGACCGGGGACUGUUUCUCUCUCUUUACUUUCAAAUCUCUGCGCAUCAUAGUUCCCCUCGGGGGUUUUCUCGCACGGCAUAGCGCAAUAUGCAGGGUUACACUGGAUAAAAGGUCGAGGGAAAGAGGGAUGUCGAUUCAUUCAGAUAAUGACGC